GCUCCUCCCCUGGGACGCGGCGCGGGCGGGCCGGCGCCGGGCGAGGGGCAGGGCGGCCGGGCGGAGCGCGCCGUCCGGACCGAAAGCGGGCAGAGGCGCCACGGUGGCAGGCGCAGCGAUGGAGACCCCGCGCCCGCGACGUGUCCCCACUGGCAGCUCCCUCCAGACUCGGCGCCUGGACCUGAAGAAAGUUUCGAAAAGUGACUCUUGACAGACGCUCGGGGAGGUGACUGCGGAGUUGCUCACGGCCGCGUCGCGUUUUCUCUCAGGGGCUCGUUGCUCCCGCCAAGAAUGAACCGACCCGCGACGUCCCUCUCGCCGGCCCGGGGUCCGCGUCCUCCUGUCCUUUAACCCGCAGAGAAGCGCGUGCAGACUUCACCGCGUUAGCACUUGGGCAGCUUUUUGAGGAUGUGAAGCCCGGCCUCGGUGCACCUCCCCAUCGCUAGAAUGUUCCUCAUGAACGCCCCUCCUGUGCUUGCUCUCCGGUCCACGUGGGAGGCCUUCGGGCUGCCGGGGAGUUGUAGGUUUCCCGGCCGCGCCUCGGAGCCGGAGGGCGCGGGGCGCGCGGCCGUGAGCGCCAGGGUGCAGAUGAUCAUCAGCUCUCUCCAGAGCGACCGGGCCGCGCGGGGCAGGAGCCAGGAGCGCGCCCUGCACAGAGGCCAGAGGGGACGCGACGCCCAGCUGGCCGCCGGCCCUGCCUCGGCAGCCUGCGGUCACGCUGCUAACUUUGACCCCAAGGCCGGGGGGGAAGCCGCAGACUUCGGCCCCUCGGUGCUGGACUCAGACAGUGACGACUCUGUGGACCGGGACAUCGAGGAAGCCAUCCAGGAGUACCUGAAGGCCAAGAGCGGGGCCGUCCAGCCCACGGCCGCCGACGGGGACAGUAUGUGCAAGCCGGAGCCGCCUCAGAGCAGCGCCCCGCCCGCCCUGGGUCCCCCCAAACUCGCACCUGGCUCGGGAGGUGCCCCCGGCGGCCGCACGGGAGCCAGCCAGGCCCCGGGCUCCGCCUCCCCAGGCAGCGUCAGCAGCGAGGACUCCUUCGAGCAGAGCAUCCGGGCGGAGAUAGAGCAGUUUCUGAACGAGAAAAGGCAACACGAGGCCCCAAAACGGGAGGCGCCUGCGGAUAAAAAGCCGGACCCCGACGACAACUCGGCCAGGUCGGCGCUCCGAGCCUGCAAAGAGCCGGUCGUCAAGGCGCAGCGGCAGGGUUUGGCCGGCGCCUGCAAGGAGUUUGUCUUCCGGAAACCUCCCAGGUUGGCAAAGGCGACCGCGCAGCCCAGAAGCCUCAGGUCUAAAGUCUCCGCUGAGCCUGAGAGCUCGCCCAGGCCAGCCACCACCUGCAGAACCGCAGAAGCCCCGUGCAAGGGCGGUGUCCGGCGGAGCCUAGGCCCCGGGAGGCGGGGCCCGGGAGCCAGGGGCGCAGCCACGGUGCACGAGGCGUCAGACUCCAGCAGCGACGAUGGCAUCGAAGAGGCCAUCCAGCUGUACCAGCUGGAGAAAAGGAAGGAGGCAAGCGGGGACCCGCCGCCACCGAAAGCCCCACCGGGGGAGGAGCCGCCCGAGCCCCCUGCCCGUGGCACGAGCCACGCCGCGAAAAGUGCCUUGCCCGAAACCCACAGGAAAACGCCAGGCAAGAAGAAGCCCAUGGCCUCGAAGGCCACGGACCUCGGCCCGGGCAGCCUUGACCCUGACCAUCCCUCCAAGCCACCAAAGGAAACCAAAGCCUCCGCAGCCCCAGGAAACACCAUGGCCAAGAGCGAGUUUGUGGACCGGUCCUCGUGCCGGGCGGACACGUCCGCCGAGCUGAUGUGCGCUGAGGCGAUCCUGGACAUUUCCAAAACAAUCCUGCCAGCCCCCGGGGAGGGCGGGGACAGGCCCCUGGCCACCAGCCCGCUGCCUCGUCCCCCCGACGUGCCUUCCCGCUCAGACGGGGACAGCAGCUCCGUGGACAGCGACGACAGCAUCGAGCGGGAGAUCCGGACGUUUCUGGCACUGAAGGCGCAGUCGGAGAGUUUGCUGGCCAGGUCGGACGCCUGCCCGCCGUCCGCGCAGAGCCCGCUGCCAUCGCCCGGCCCCCACGGGCAGGCCGCGGGCCCCAAGACCCCCGUCACUAAAACACUGGACCUGUCCCUGGGCCGCAAAAGGAAACGCAGGGGAGGCAGCACCGCUGUGUGGUCGUCCACGCCCAAGAGGGCGAGCGAGGCGAUGAAGGAGGCUGCCCCGGACACCGACGCCAGCCGGGGGAAAGCCGGCGAGGCCCCUGGCAGGGAGGGCGAGGCCCGGGGGCAGCCCCUGCCCUGCAGGACGGCCGGGCUGGCCGGCGAGCACGUGGCCCCGGACACGCGGGGCGGCCUGUCGCCAGGCCCCCCCGGGAAGGGGAGCUCUGAGGACAAGAGCAGCUCGCUGGACAGCGACGAGGACCUGGACACGGCCAUUAAGGAUUUGCUGCGGUCCAAGCGGAGGCUCAAGAAGCGGUGUCGGGACCCCAGAGCAGCGUGCAGGAAGAAGGUCCGGUUCAGCACCACCGAGGCACAGGCCCCGGGCCCGCAGGGGGGCCUCCAGAGAGGCUGGAAGGACAGAAGCCCACCCUUGUUGAAAAGCUGCCUCUCAAAGCCCCGAAGAGACAGCAGAGGGGACCCGCCAAGGAAACCUUCCAGCGCCUUCUGCUGCCGGACGGAGCGGGCAAAGCCGGGCGGCGCUGGGCCCGCGGACGUGCCCCUGGCCCUCCCGUCCGGGCGGGGAGCCUGCAGAGGGCGAGGGUGCCCCGGCGAGGCCGAGGCCGGCCCCAGCUCGCGGUCUGAGGACAGCAGCUCCGUGGACAGUGACGACAGCAUCGAGCUGGAGAUCAGGAAGUUUUUGGCCGAAAAGGCCAAGGAGUCUGUGAGCGGCCUGGAAGUUCCCGGGGGAGGUCCCAGCACGCUCGGGCCGGGGAGCGUGCCCAGACCAGAGCCGCCGUGCCGGAAGGUGGUGGCCCCGGCCCUCCAGCCCGGCGUGUGCACACGGAGCCAGAGGGGCCGGGGGACGCCUCAGCCAGCCCCGGGGCCGAGGGGCGGCCCCCACACAGAGCAGGCCUGCCUGCCCGCUGCCCUGUCCAGGGGCCAGCGGGCACCCCCCAGGAGCACCAGCGAGACUGGGUCUGCCCGAGGGCCACCCACAGGCAGGAGGGGCCUCUGUCCUCACAGGGACCAGAGCUCACGAGGCGCCGUGCCUGCUGCCGGGGACAGCGCUUUCAGUCAGCUGUCCAGCUGUGCGGAAGCGGGGGCCUCGGCCAGAAGCCUCGGUGGGAGCUCGCCGGCAGCCCCUCGGAGCCGGAGCACGCUCGCUCGGAGCCCUGGAGCCGACAGGGAGGGGGGGCCCCAGGCCGGCCUCGCCCUCCCGUGGGGCGACUUUGCCCACCAGAGCCGGCUGCAGGGCGCGUGGGCGCUGAGCUCGGAAGGCAAGGGCGCAGCCUGGAAGGCGGGCCUGGGGGGCGAGAGGGGGAAGGCGGCGGAGGGCCAGGCCUGCGGCGCGCCCGGCCUCGCCACGGACCCGAAGAGGGGCCUGCCCUUCGCUGGCUUCUCCCCGCUGCUCUCCACGCAGUUAUUCCACUUUGGGAACAGCGUCUCCUGGGGGGCCAAGCCGGCGGGCCUCUUCAGCCCCGGCCUGAGCCUGCCUCUGCAGGGCCCGGCCUUCUCGGCCUUCAGGGAGGCCCCGGGCGGCCCCGGGCCCGUGUUCGGGAGCUCCCGCUUGCUCGUGAAGAAGGAGGGUGGGCGCUGGCCCAGGAGGAAGGCUCCGGCGGCGCUCAGCUUCCACGACAGCAGGAACUCGGGAUCCGACGAGGACAUUUUGGACCUGAGGUACAGGCGGAGGGUGGAUCGAGGCGAUAAGGGCCAGGAGGCCUGGGGCAGCGACGCCAGCGAGCUCAGCGACACCUCGGUGGAGGACGGCGGCCCCGUGGCCCCAGGCAAAGCCCUCAAGCUGUGAGCUCGCGGCCGGGCGCCGGCGUGCGUGUGGACGGCGCGCGCGUGGGCAGGCGGCACGGUGGG